AUGGAGUCGUUCCUCGAGGGCUUGCCACUGGGGGUGCGCGUCUUUACCGCCUCCUCUGCUUUGCUGCUGAUGGUUGGCAGCAUUGCGACUGUGGCUGCACCCGCGAAUUACACCAAUUGCAUUGUCUCUAUCUAUCUCAUCUGCUUGGCAACCCUUUGUUUGCUCUGUGAAUUUUCCCCAUACGGUCUCAACGUUCUUAUGGGAGUGUGCCCCCUCUUGGGCGAGUACAUCUUCAGAGGCAUCCUGUAUAUCCUGGUUGGACUUCUGCCUCUGGGAAUUGACACCUUGGGCCUUUGGGGUGGCAUUCUAAUGAUUAUCUCGGGAGGUCUCAACAUUCUCAUCCACGCUCUACUUCCCGUGCACCCGUACGUGUUGUAUGGCCGGCGAUCUUCAGACACUGUGGACGAAGAGGAAGCGCGAUUUCACGACGAUCCGGAAGCGGAGGAAGUCAGCGAUCUGCGGUAA